GGGUUGGAGGCCAGUCGGGGCGAAGCUGACGGGGUGGAGGGUGGUGCUCGCGGCUGGUACAGCUUCCCAACGGCAGCUCCUGUGAGAACACUUCGACCUUACCUGACCUUACUUAGGUCAGCUUCCGGCGCCUUUGGGUCGCCACAGCGGAGGCCAUGCGCCCACGCAUCGCACCGGCGAUGUGGGGCGCCACGCUCUUGGUCGUUCUGCUGCUUCUGAGCGUCACUCCAGGCCUCACGGUACAGAAAGACUGUGAGGGACCCCCGAAAGGUCACGAGGUCAUCUGCUACACGGAAGGAUGGGCAGACGCCGACGACCUCCAGACAUGCAGCUGUUCUCACCUCGUGCUGCCCGGCCUGAAGCUGGACGACGACUUCGGCAUCGUCGACGGCAGCGCGACGUACGAGGGGAUCCGCCGCCCGGGGCUGAAGAAGAUCAUAUCGUUGGGCGCCGACCUGUCCUCCAACCGGCUGGCGCAGCUAGUGACAUCUAGCGGAGGGCUCGACAACCUCGCGGAGAGCGUGAAGCAGAAGCUUCGCGACGCCGAUGUGGAUGGUGUCGAGGUCAACGCGGAUUCGGUGUCCAGUCGUAAAGAUGUCAAGAACCUGCAGACGGUUCUACAGGCCCUGCGGUCGUCGUCGCUGGCCUCCGAGCAGCAGCUGCUGGUGCGGCUGCCGGCGGCCGGCCGCCAGCUGGCGUCGCUCGGCGACCUGAGCGGCAUCAGUCAGCUGGUCGACCGGCUGGUACUGGCCGCAGACCGGCUGACGUCACGUGACCGGUCGCGCACGCGCCAGCUGAGCCGGCUCAUGGGAGACGGCUCGCUGGACAGCGUGGAUGCGCUGCUGGACCUGCUGCUCUCCAGAGGGGUGGAGGCGGGCCGCCUGGUGAUCACCCUCCCGUCGUACGGCUACCUGUACGAGCUGGCUGAUCCAGGGCAGACGUCACCGGGCUCGCGGCCAGACUCCGGCCCCGUCCGCCUGGCCAGGAGGGAGGUCUGCGGCAUGUUCAACUCUAGCUGGGCGGAGGAUCGUGAUGAUGAUAUGACGUCACCCUACGCCCACUACAAGAAUUCGUGGAUCACUUACGAGGAUGAAAUAAGCACGGCAGUGAAAACGCAUUACAUGCUGCUCCGCGCGCUGCCCGGCCUGGCGGUGGACUCGCUGGACGCGGACGCCGACUGCGGCCACGGCCAGCUCGCCGACACCGUCGACUGGUGGCUGCGCUCGCUGGCGGACCUCUCGCGCCGCGACGUCCAGCGCCGCCUGCAGCUGCUGAUGAACGUCGUCGAGCAGGACGUGACGCCCGAGGAGGCCAAGUUCCGCUCGCCGGCCUGGAGGCUGCAGCGGGCCGGCGGCGGCGACGUGCGCGCCGGCGGCUCCGUCUCCAAGUGCGCCGACGCCGGCUACUUCCGGCGCAGGGAGGUGUGCGGCGAGUACGAACGCUGCGUGCGCUGGCCGGGCGCCACCAACGGACUGCGCUUCUUCUACGAGUGCCCCAGUGGCAUGCUGUUCGACGACAGGUGGGAGAUCUGCACGUGGGCGUCUGCCACCGAGCCGUGCGAGAACUCCAACACCGAGGUGCCGCCAGUGGAGCAUCACGAUGUGCCGUGCGAGGCCGACGGCUACUUCGCCGACCCCAGCAACUGCAAGUACUUCCAACUCUGCCGCGACUACUACAACAACGGCACCUUCACCAAGUUUGAGUUCAAGUGUCCGUACGGUCUGGGCUACGACGACGUCGAGCUCACGUGCACGUGGGCGUGGUUGGUGCCGCGCUGCGGGGCGUCGUCCACCAUGAAGACGCCGUUCUCGCAGGACGAGCUGACCACCAUGGCCUCUGGGCUACGUUCGAGCUCGGCCGCCGUCGACGAGGACAAGCUGCAGCGCUUCAGCGCCGAGCUGAGUGAGUUCGAGCGGCAGCACGACAAGCCGGAUUCGCCGGCCGGCCGCAGCGACAUGCAGGACAAGCAGGACGAGCGCGGCUUCCUCGACAUCGUCAUUGGCUCUGUGCGGUCGCUGUUCGCCAGCGCCUGGAGUCGACUCACGGGCGACAGCGACGCGCUGGAGUCGGCCACGCCGCCCACCACGCGCACACUAGCUGAAAGCGCGCUGGAGGCGCCGCUGUCGCGGGUGCGCCGCUCACCGCAGUGGUCCUACUUGCCGCCGAGCAGGGAUUUCGGUACGGAGGUGUCCAAGCCGCCAGCGCAGACGGACGUGUUCCAGCUGCCGCCGCCGCCGCCGCCGAAGCAGGACGCAGACGAGCUGGACCCAACACGCCUGCGCCCUCCGCGGCCGGGACCAGGGGACAGCGGCGUCGGCGAGUCACCCGCUCCAAAAACGGGGCUCGGUGAAGUCACUGGGGACGGGGAGCAGACAGGCACACGGGUGCAGACGGGUGAGUCCGGCACUGGAAAGGAGCAAGAACCACCGGAAGGGGCAGCACCAGGAUCGCGGGUGCCAAUACAGACUACACCCGGCAAGCCAACCAAACCCGAGUAUCCGGGGGCUCCCGGCCCAUCCAGGCCGGGACCUCAGGUCAGCCAAGCACCCAGCGGUGCUGGAACCCCUGGCCGGCCAGGCAAACCCGGCACAACCGGACAACAGGAAACGCCGGGCACGCCCGGACAACCAGGCACCUUGGGAUCUGGAGGUUCGGUCGGUACUCCGGGACGGCCUGGUGCACCUGGACGACCAGGAACUCCAGGAACUCAAGGCAGACCCACCACUGGAAGUGGUCCUGCCACGAAAGGUCCGUCUGGAGCUCCACGCAGACCUGGCACAGAAGUAGGACCUGGAACAGGAGGUAGGCCAGGAACACCGGGAGAGCCCGGAACAGGAGGCACACCAGGAACCCAAGGCACGCCUGGCAUAGGAGGAAGGCCUGGAACAGGAGGUAUUGGCAUUCAAGGUACGCCUCAGACAGGAGGUAGGCCUGGAACAGAAGGCACACCGGGAGUUCCAGGCAAGCCAGGAACACAAGAAAGGCCUGGAACAGCAAGAAGACCUGGGACAGGGGGUACAGGAGGAACUCAAGGCAGGCCUGGAACAGGUGGGAGACCAGGUGAAGGUGGACUUGGGCCCGACAGUGGUUUCCCCGAGGGUUCCCGAGGACCCGGUGGCAGUUCGCCAGCAUAUCCCACCGGCUUCCCAGGACCACAGGGACGACCGGGCUCAAGACGACCAGGAACACCAGGCGAACCAGGAAUACCAGGCAAACCAGGAACGGGGGGCACACCUGGAGCAGGUGGCAUUGGCACUCAAGGUAGGCCUGGAACAGCAGGCACACCG